GGCGCCCGCCGCCACCGCCAUUACCGCCGCUGCCCCAUCGGUCCCCGCCCGGCGGGGCGGACGCGCCUGCGCAGCGGCGGCCGAGAGCAGGCCCGGGACGGCGGGGCCGGGCGGGCCGCGGAAGAAGUUGGGGCUUUGCUUAAGUCUUCUGCCCGAUGCUGAAAAAAUAAUUGAGAUGGCAGCUGUAAAACGGGCUAAAUCUUCUCGUGGUUUUGAGGACCCCGUUAGGCUGUUUCUGAAAUAAUUUGUCACGCAGUUUGAGCUUUAGAGUUUGUUAAAAUGCCUGAAAUAAAAGUCACUCCCUUGGGAGCUGGCCAGGAUGUGGGGCGCAGCUGUAUCCUUGUGUCUAUUGCCGGGAAAAACGUAAUGCUUGACUGUGGGAUGCACAUGGGCUACAACGAUGAUAGACGCUUUCCUGACUUUUCUUACAUCACUCAGAACGGAAGGCUGACUGACUUUCUCGACUGUGUGAUCAUCAGCCACUUUCACUUGGACCAUUGUGGAGCUUUGCCGUAUUUCAGUGAAAUGGUGGGUUAUGACGGGCCCAUUUACAUGACGCAUCCUACCAAGGCCAUCUGUCCCAUCCUCCUGGAGGACUAUAGGAAAAUAACUGUAGACAAGAAAGGGGAAACAAACUUCUUUACUUCUCAAAUGAUUAAAGACUGUAUGAAAAAAGUGGUUGCUGUGCAUCUUCACCAGACAGUUCAGGUGGAUGAGGAGCUGGAGAUCAAGGCGUACUAUGCAGGCCAUGUGCUAGGGGCGGCCAUGUUCCAGAUUAAGGUUGGAUGCGAAUCAGUUGUGUACACUGGUGAUUAUAACAUGACGCCAGACAGACAUUUAGGUGCUGCCUGGAUUGAUAAGUGUCGCCCGGAUUUAUUAAUAAGUGAAUCCACCUAUGCGACAACUAUCAGAGAUUCCAAACGCUGCAGAGAAAGAGACUUCCUGAAGAAAGUUCAUGAGACCGUAGAAAGAGGAGGGAAGGUUCUUAUCCCAGUUUUUGCCCUUGGACGUGCCCAGGAACUUUGCAUUUUAUUGGAGACUUUCUGGGAAAGAAUGAACUUGAAGGCUCCAAUUUAUUUUUCCACGGGACUGACGGAGAAGGCCAAUCAUUAUUACAAGCUCUUCAUCACCUGGACUAAUCAGAAAAUUCGGAAAACAUUUGUGCAGAGGAACAUGUUUGAAUUCAAACACAUCAAAGCGUUUGAUCGAGCCUUUGCAGACAAUCCGGGGCCUAUGGUUGUGUUUGCAACCCCUGGUAUGCUUCAUGCAGGACAGUCCCUUCAGAUCUUCAGGAAAUGGGCAGGGAAUGAAAAGAAUAUGGUCAUCAUGCCAGGCUACUGUGUGCAGGGAACUGUGGGCCAUAAGAUUCUGAGUGGGCAGCGCAAGCUGGAGAUGGAAGGAAGACAAAUACUGGAAGUAAAGAUGCAGGUGGAGUACAUGUCCUUCAGUGCCCACGCUGAUGCCAAGGGAAUAAUGCAGCUGAUUCGCCAGGCUGAGCCACGAAAUGUUCUGCUGGUCCACGGUGAAGCAAAGAAGAUGGAGUUUCUGAAGCAGAAAAUAGAACAGGAAUUUCAUGUCAGCUGUUACAUGCCUGCAAACGGAGAGACCACAACGAUAUUCACCAACCCCAGCAUUCCAGUGGACAUAUCCCUGGGACUCCUGAAGAGAGAAACAGCAAUAGGUCUCUUACCAGAUGCCAAGAAGCCAAAGCUAAUGCAUGGGACAUUAAUUAUGAAGGAUAACAGCUUCCGCCUGGUUUCUCCCGAGCAGGCUUUGAAGGAGCUGGGCCUUGCAGAGCAUCAGUUGCGUUUCACCUGCCGCGUUCACAUUCAGGAUCCGCGGAAAGAACACGAGACAGUGCUCCGUGUAUAUAACCAUCUCAAAGGGGUCCUGAAAGAUUAUUCAGUGCAGCAUCUCCCCGAUGGUUCUAUAACAGUGGAGUCCAUUCUCAUCCAAGCCACAGCACACUCAGAGGAUCAAGGAACCAAAGUUCUGCUCGUUUCCUGGACUUACCAGGAGUUACAGUGUUUGUCCAGUUGCUGCAGUGGCAGCGUACACUGCUCAGCAGUACCGGGAUCUCCCCGUCGGCAGCCUGUCCGGGAGCCGUUACAGCCUGUUUUUCCAGUCCCGAGGAACAAGCUUUGAGUUGCUCACACAGUAAGAGAGCAGACUGUGGCAUCGGCUGCCAUCAGCAAACUGGCUGAAUAUGGGCAGAAGUUGCAACAUCCGUUGUGGUGCGAAGAGAAGUUACACAUCAGAGAGACACCAUCAUUUAUCAUCUCCCCCCCGCCUUCUGCCACAAUAAUCCCACACCUGCCUUGAAGCUCCCUGGCAGUUCUUGUUCCACAUCCAAUGGCCCAGCAUAACCUUGGAACCCCGACCACCUGGUGCACGUGCCAGGUCGCAGCGGGACUUUGUGCACGUUUGAAAGUGGAAAUACUGAUGUAGCACGUUGCGACAGUCCAGCAAACCUUGGUCCAUGUUAAACAAGCCUGUGACAAUUUCCCUUCCAUUCUCAGCAGCUUGCGUGCCUGCAGGCCAACAGCACCUGUCCCUCUCUGAAGUGUGGGGGUGGUGUGGGAAGGAACACAACAGCGAGAUCUGUGUAUCCGUUACCAAAAAUCACAUCCUCUUAAGUAAACCCUUGGCUUUGAAGGAGGUUUGUCAGCCAGGCCCGUGGUUUUCUGGUGACUCUGAUAACCCACGAACGAGAAAUUCUCGCCGAAGUCACAUAGUUCACAGGGUGGAAAACAGGAGUUCUCAGAAGCGGCGUGGUGCUGUUAAUACAAGAGAAGGGGUGAAACACGUCAGGCACAUUUUGUGACAUAAACACAGUGGCUGAAGAAAGCUUUGACAUUUGACCAGGCCGGCACCAUGUAAGGAGUUGUGCAACUCCUGCAGUAACCACGUGAGGAGAGGAGGUUGUUUUACGCACCACGCUGGGUUAACUGACUGAUAAAUACUUGCAUCUGUUAUCUUCUGGAACUGCAUUAACAGAUGUUCAGCCUGAAUCCAUAGGCAGGCGAUGGUGGAAACCCUGCACUGAGCCCCUCCUCAGGAUGCCAAUCCCUCCAUGCGCAGGGAGGGAGGAGAAGCCCUUAUUUGGCUGUGGAAUGUGGGCAGGGAUCGGUUUGGGAGCCCAGCUGGCCACGGUGUGCCCCAGGGAGAAAACACAGGAGCCCUCCAAAAUAGGGAAAAGCCAAGCAGGGCUGCCCACAUCCACUCGCAGAUUACUGUCAGUUAGGAGGCUGGUUUCCUUCAAUUAACCCUUUCCUGGGCUGUACCGCUUUCCAGAGAAGGGCCCUGUGUUCUCCUACCAACCCCAGAAUUAAACCAAAGGAGACCAAACCAUGCUGUGUUCACGCACACUGGUGUGUCCCCACGUGUUGUCUAGCACUGUCAGAGAAUACGGCUCCCCCAGGGACCACCCAAGUUGGCUAAUAACAAUAAAUAUCUGUUUGGUACUUCCCCCCGGUGU